AUGAUCUCGCGAACAGAGUACUCUAAAGAGAAAAAGGUUGGUGAAGGUACUUAUGCCGUUGUGUACGUAGGAACUAAGCGCUCCAGUAACCGCAGAAUCGCCAUAAAAGAGAUCAAGACAUCCGGAUUUAAAGACGGACUGGAUAUGUCUGCUAUUAGGGAGGUCAAAUACUUACAAGAAAUGCAGCAUGCAAACGUUAUCGAGCUGGUGGACGUGUUUAUGGCGCAGAAUAACCUAAAUUUGGUGCUUGAAUUUCUGCCCGCAGACCUGGAGAUGAUCAUUAAAGACACCUCUAUACUCUUCACUCAAGCGGAUAUUAAAUCCUGGCUCUUGAUGACGCUGAGAGGCGUGCAUCAUUGCCAUAGAAAUUUUAUCUUGCAUAGGGAUUUGAAGCCCAACAAUUUACUAUUGGCGCCAGAUGGACAGUUGAAACUAGCAGAUUUCGGUUUGGCACGAAACAUGGGCUCUCCUCAAGAGUUUCUUACCAGCAACGUGGUUACACGAUGGUACAGGGCACCAGAGCUUCUGUUUGGUGCUAAACAUUACACCGGCGCUGUUGACAUGUGGUCCGUAGGUGUUAUAUUUGCCGAACUGAUGUUGAGAAUACCGUAUCUACCAGGAAAGGACGAUAUUGAUCAAAUAGACGUGACGUUUCGUGCCCUUGGCACACCUACUGACAAAGAUUGGCCUGAAAUAUCAACUUUUGGUACCUACAACAAAAUUCAAUUUUAUCCGCCCCCGUCGAGAGAAGAGCUUCGGCGUAGAUUUAUAGCGGCUACGGAAAACGCUCUGAGCUUGAUGUCUGGGAUGCUGGUAAUGAAUCCACACAAACGUCUAGAUCCAAUCCAGUGCCUAACCAGCGAAUAUUUCUUAGAGCUUCCUGAACCGACUCUGCCUUCAGAGCUACCGAAGCUUAACAAAAAUUGA